AUGAAAAUGCGCGGUGGGACCUUCCUCUCCGUCCUCUCCACCCCGUUCCCCACGCGCGCGCGCGCUCCUCGCAGAGGCUGGCUCCCGGCAGGAGGCUCGGAAGCGUUCCAGAGAUUCCCAAAGAUGUCAACUCAAGGACAUACUUGGGCCCGUCAGGUGAAGAAAGAGGGUGAGGAAGAGGACCCCCUGGACCUGCUGAUCUCCCGCUCUGGCUGUGCUGCUUCCCACUAUGCAGUGCAGGAGUGCAUGGCCCAGCACCAGGACUGGCGACAGUGCCAGCCACAGGUGCAGGCCUUCAAGGACUGCAUGAGUGAACAGCAGGCAAGACGGCGAGAGGAGCUGCAGAGGAGGAAGGAGCAAGACAGUACCCACAGCUGAGCCCCCAAACCAUCUAUCCCCAGAGAAUGGCCUGCAGAAACUAGCACCCAGACAAAUCCUAAACAGUGGAAGUGUGGGCCAAAAGGUAUAAAACUCUGGGAUAGUCUGGGAUUGGGGUUGAGAGCCAGGCAGCCAUGGGCUUGGACAUGACUGUCAUAUAGAAAGAGCUGUCAUAUUUUAUUUGUUUAAAAAUCUUUAUUGUUGAAAGUA